AGAAAAAGCCGUAAGUACAGCCAACGCGGUUCUCUAGGGGCUGUAUUGUAUUUCAUACAAUAUUGUAUUUCAUACAAUACUAUUUCAUCUUCACUGUAUACAAUACAGUGAAGCCCCUUGAGUAGGGCUAAUCAGGCGACGCGCAUUAAUCAGUUGUGGUCAGGGCAGGUCAAGCUGGUGGAGUAUUUUAUUUACGAUUAGAAGGAGCCAUUCAGAUAGAAGCCAUUGUAUCGUAUGCAGGUUUGUCAAACGCUGAUGGUCUUCAUAUAGCAGCGGUAUCACAUGUACAAUGGCCGAUGAGAGUAUUCAACAAAAUGGUGACGGUGAUGCAAAAAACAACAUCUUUGUGCGAGGUCUUAAACAGCAUCGUUCCGGAAAUCGGUUUGACAGUGCUCCAUGCUCCACGCCGUCCUCGAAUCUGCCGAAUGCUGUCAGUUCCAAGCUGUCCGUCCAAGCACGGUGCGGAGAUAUCACGCACGAACCGCGUGUUGUUUUAUCCCCGGCCGAUAUCCUCAAACGACACCGUGAGCAUGCCGAAUAUCAGGCGAAACUGCUAGCCAAGAAGAAAGCGGAAGAGGAUGAGCUAUCCGACAGUGAUGUUAGUCUGCAGUGGGAUGCCGAUUACCGCGAUGCGGAUGUGGCCAAGCAGACGCGGAAGGCCAACACGAAAUCCCAGCGAAGAAAGAACGCGGAGUUUAAGGGCAAAAGUGAUCGUCAGAAAGAGGACGAGCUGAGGGAACGACAACUGAAGGGAGAAGAUAUUGAUUUUGAAGCACUGAAGGAUCCUUCAGUUCCUUACAGUCCAUACUCCGGCGACUUCGGCGUGGCUCCGCAUCCGAGAUACAUUGCAUCCUAUAUGGAUGUGUAUCGUACACCAGUUGGAGAAAGGAUGGCUGUGAAGAUUGUUGGAUACGUCGGUGGAGUACUCUCCUGCACGUGGGAUGAAAUUGACGCUGAACGUACCGAGUAUGAGAAAUUGUCAAUGGACUUGGAAGAGUUAUAUCCAGCGGGCGUGGAUCCAUGGGAAGUUUUCCCGGGCGAGAUCGUGGAAGUUCAAGAAGGUACCGGUAAGAUGUUUAAAAGAGGAAUUAUUUCGGAAUGUUUCAAGAGAGCUCAACUACUGGAUAUCUUGCUGGUUGAUUACGGGAGCAGAACCGUUCGCAUUGGAGCGGAGUUGGUCCGACAACCACGCCAGAAGAUUUUGUAUGAUCCGAGAUGGAGGAAGUUUUAUGUUUGUUUUUUCAAACCAACAGCGCCUCUGGUAGUUGAACAAGAAGAAUUGCUACGGUCUGCUUCUCCGGAAACGCCGGUCCCCGCUGAUGUACUGUGCCAUGAACAAAAAGGAAGAAUUUGUAUCGGCGACAUUUCGUUAAAAUAACACGGUGUUCGUAAGCGUUAACGAGAUCAGCUGUUUUAAAAACGUUACGUUUAAUCAUCUGCAAAAGUCGAUGUAUUGCUUAUUCACUUUCGUUUGUAAGUACCUAUUCGUGGUAUUUGAGAUCGUUACAUACUUUAAUUGCGUCUAUAGUACGAGUAUAAGCCAGAUGUUUGUGUUAGCCAAUAAUUCGGAAGCGGUUAA